UAUGAUUCUUCCAGGAGCCACGGAGGAGAGGGACAGCGUCGGGGGGUGCACUCCCCGGCCCGCACCCCCAGCUGCUGCCACCCACCUGCUGAGCCGCCCUGCCCCCGCCCAGGCCUCUCUCCGCGGCCCGACCUUGAGCCUCUGGAAGGCGCCAGACGGCUGUCAUUAAUUCGCCCAUGGCUGGGUGAGGCCACUCACUUCUAAGCAGAAACAUGACAGGGGGAAGGAUGACAAUGCAGACAAUUUGGGUCAGCAGCUGGGAAGAGUUUGGGAAAGAGAGGAGGCUCUGAAAAGUUGCCUGGUUUUCCUCUCCCACGGGGUCUCUUAGAGCACCCCCUUGACAAUGUCUUCCAUUAAGAUUGAGUGUGUUUUGCGGGAGAACUGCCGGUGCGGAGAGUCUCCGGUGUGGGAGGAGGCGGCCAACUCUCUGCUCUUCGUAGAUAUUCCUGCGAAAAAGGUUUGCCGGUGGGAUUCGCUCAGCAAGAGCGUGCAGCACGUGACCGUGGAUGCCCCCAUUAGCUCUGUGGCCCUUCGCCAGGGAAGAGGCUAUGUCGCCACCAUUGGAACAAAGUUCUGUGCUUUGAACUGGGAAGAUCAGUCAGCAGUUGCCCUGGCCACAGUAGAUAAAGACAAGAAAAACAAUCGGUUCAAUGAUGGAAAGGUGGAUCCUGCUGGAAGAUACUUUGCUGGCACCAUGGCUGAGGAAACGGCCCCAGCAGUUCUGGAACGGCACCAGGGGUCCCUGUACUCCCUCUUUCCUGACGGCCAUGUGGAAAAGUAUUUUGACCAGGUGGACAUCUCCAAUGGUUUGGAUUGGUCCCUGGAUCACAAGAUCUUCUAUUACAUUGAUAGUCUGUCCUACUCCGUGGAUGCCUUUGACUAUGACCUGCAGACGGGGAAGAUCUCCAACCGCAGAAGUGUUUACAAGCUGGAGAAAGAAGAACAAAUUCCAGAUGGAAUGUGUAUUGAUACUGAGGGGAAGCUCUGGGUGGCCUGUUACAAUGGAGGAAGAGUGAUUCGUUUGGAUCCUGAGACAGGGAAAAGACUCCAAACUGUGAAGUUACCUGUUGAUAAAACAACUUCAUGCUGCUUUGGAGGGAAGGACUACUCUGAAAUGUAUGUGACCUGUGCCCGGGAUGGAAUGGACCCUGAGAGUCUUCUGAAGCAGCCUGAAGCUGGUGGGAUUUUCAAGAUAACUGGCCUUGGGGUCAAAGGAAUUCCUCCCUAUCCCUAUGCAGGAUGAAUGGCAGGUCUUCUUUCCUACUGGGGGAAAUUUGAAGACACGUAGAAAAUUCUAGAGCUGAAAUUUCAAUCUAGUUACAAAACAAAUUAAAGAAAUGGUACUAUUAACAGGCAAAAUUAACGUUUUUUUUUUCAUUUUUAAGAGGUAGAGCAUUUUAAUAAGGGGUGACAGGUAGUUUUGAUAACACACUAAGAGGCCUUCUACAAAGGUAUUACAGAAAUAUAAAGAAUUGUUCAACUGUCAAUCAGCCUCUACUCUUUGCAAAUUGCUAGAAGGGGACUGGGGUUACUAUAUCUUUUAUGCAUUCCAUACUUAUUACACCUAAAGUUUAAAAAAACUAAUAAAUAAUGGCCUU